AUGAACGAAACAUCCGCUAUAACAUUGUCAUUCAAACUAAACGUUGUACUUUUGUGUGCUGUGAACGUUUUGUUUACAUUUGUGGGAAUAUUUUUAAACUCGGUCGUCAUACUGAGUUUGUUGAGCUCACCGCUGCGACGAAAAUUAUGUUACUUUACGAUUCUCGUUUUGGCUUUUUGUGAUCUUGCUAUGGUUGUUGUCUUUCAUCCAAUGAUAACGUUUCAAGUAACAAGUCACUGGGUAUUCAUGGGCUCUGCCGAAAAUAUCCCUGAGGACCCUUACAAAUAUUUUUCUCAAUUGUCCGUAUUUUCGUUGGCGGCGCUUUUGACGAUGACUUUUGAAAGGUAUCUGGCCUUGGAGCAUCCAUUCUUUCAUGAGAGGUUCAUAACAAGAUCAAAACUGAUGGUUAUAUUUGUAAUAUUUCAGUUACCAUCUUGUGCAAUGUAUGUAAUAUUAAUUCUCCUUAACCCCAAAGAUGACAGCGAAAAGAUUGCAGUAAAGAUUGGGGAGAAUGCGUCAGUAGGAGCUGCACUCCUUGCCAUUCUCUUUUUUAACUUUAAAAUAUUUUACAUUGCAAGAACUCAGCAGAAGCGCAUGGUCAUACCUUUAGGAGAUUUCGAGGAAGAUGCGCAGAAAAAUAUUCAAGCAAAGACUAAAAUCUCCUCCGGAAAGAUUUCUGCGUGCUUGAUGGCAGUUGUAUGUAUGAUCGUGUGCUACCUUCCCUUCAUCAUAUCAUCUGGAUUAGAAAUGAACAAACCAGAAGACCGUGGUAACGAAACUCUUUUCUUUAUUUAUCAUUGGUCGUGGACAUUUUUUACCCUAAAUUCGAGUUUGAAUUGUUUGAUAUUCUUCUACAUGAAUAGUGCUUUGCGACGACACGGAGAAAAGAUAGCGGCGAAAUGUCUUGGGGCAAGAUUGCGGGUUCAUGUACUGUAA